CCCUGGCUGCUCUUUUACAUGUGCUUCUCAGUCUUGGGGGUAGCUGCUUCCUGGGCUUGGAUUGUGGCCAUUCCUCUUUCUUUAGCUUUGUGGAGUUUGGGUGAGUGGAAAGGAAAAUAUCUGACUUCCGAAGACAAUCAAGCAGGGAAAAUCCUGACUUGAGAGGGACAAUUUAAUCAGCAAGGCAGGCAGAAACUCAGCCCCCGGAUCUGGACCGCUUUUGUUGAUCUUGGAGCUUUCUAUAGUGUACUGUUGUCUUUUUGAGGUGCCCAAUGGGAAACCAAAACCAAAAAGGUGCCCCGUCAAACAAGGGUUCAGAAGGAACAGGAGAGGACCCCCAUGACCUCCAGGCAGGGAGCGAGGGGGAAUCCCAAAAAUGGGUACUAUGGGAACAGUUUAAAAAAGAAAUGCUCGAGGAACAAUCUCGCAGACGGGAAACCAAACAGAAGAAAUUCCCUCAGGGAGCAGUGUCUGCGCGGGUGUUGGCAGAGGCUGUGUGCGGUGAUGACACUCCAGCACUGCCACCCUCCUUCCAUCAAGAUGCUGAAGCAUGCCGGAGGUCUAGGAAGGCAUCUGUUGUGAGGCACACAAGGGACCUGGAGAAGCAGACCCUUCUACCAGCAGACACCCGCCUCCUGAUCAGGGAACCCGGCCCACAGACCAGCUCCCCUGCAGUGGGUCUGGCUGAGGCUUCCCUGAUGAGACAGCUGGAGUGCCAAAGGCAGAAACACCAGGUGGCAUUGGAAGAAGCUCUCCCGGGUUCCCCUGCAGUGGAGGAAGCUGCAGAAUCUGUUCUUAGUUUUGGAGGUUGCAGGAUUGCCAGGGAAAGCACAGUGCUGGCAGGAACCGACACAGGUGACCUGCAGCAGAGUGAGAAUUGGGGGGAUCCAAGUGGGAGAUCCUCAGAACAAACUGAACAAGAAGAACAGAAAGAGAACCUCUGGAAUCAAGAAGGUCCAGAGAGGCAGGCGGAAAAGCACAAAGAGGAGAAGAGGGCUGAGAAAACCACAGAAGAAAACUGUGACAAAAGCUUUAGGAAGAGAGCACACCUCAUUGUGCAUGAAAGAAUUCACAAAGGAGACAGGCCAUAUAAAUGCCCACACUGUGAAAAAACCUUCACUCAAAAAAUUCAACUUACUAAGCAUGAAACAACCCACACAGUUGAGGAAUCAUAUGAACUAGCCAACUUGCCACUCUCUCUUGUCCCCUCUCCUCCCCUCACUCGCCACUCUCUUUUGCCCUCCCUCCCCCUCCCAGCCCUCUCUCUCUCCCUCCUGCCCCAGUCUCUCCUGCCCUCUCCCCUGCUCCUCUCUCCUGCCUUUCCCCUCUCCCCUCCCCCCACUCUUGUACCCUCCCCUCCCCCACUCUCUCUUGCCCUCCCCUUCCCCCAUCGCCCCUCCUUAUUGCCCUCCCCCUCCCCCCUCCUUCUUGUCCGCCCCCGCCCCCGCCCAACUCUCUCUUGCCGUCCCCCCUGCCCCACUCUCUCUUCCCCCUCCUCCCUCCCCCUGCAUUUCAUUUUGCGGUACACACCAGGCAGCGUCCGCCGCCACCGCUCCUCCACCCGGGCGGCGAGCAGGGAAGUCCCGCCACCCAGAUCCCUCCCACCCCAGCCUCCUGCGGGCGUCUGGCCUCAGCGGCCGUUUCCGCCACCUGGCCAUGAACUGUCUCCGCGGCUGGGCCCAGCGCCUCAGCGGCCUGGCCCGCCACGGGGCCGAGUGCUGCCUUUGCGGCCGGGCCUGCCAGGCCCAUUGCCACCGCUUGCUAGCCACUGCCACUGGUCUCCUCUCCCCCUCCCCCACCCUCUUGCCCAUACUGCCGGUCCAAGUCCCGCUGCUGCGGCCGGGCCCGCCGCCGCCUCACCUGGGCCCGCUGCCUCUCCUCCGUGGCCAGGCCAGGCCUGCAGCCACCAUCACCGCCCGCAGCCUGGCCCACCGCUGGUCAAAUUCUCCUGGAUGUGCUGCACCAGAUGCUCACACUGUGGAGAAAUUUUCGCUAAUAAAUGAGAUCUUCUUUUACAUCAGAGGACUCACAAAGAGAAGAAACCAUAGACCUGCUUGGAAGAUGGGGUGAGUUUCCAUCACACAUCAACUCCUUGUGCAUGCCAAAGAAGCCACAGAAAGAGACAUUGUUCAAAUGCUCACAUUGGGCUUUUAAAGUACUGGGUUUAAUGCAGCCAAUUCUUUGAUUAAAAAUGGGGAGAAAUUUGAUGAAUGAAGAUUUUCCUAUUGAUUUCACAUCUAGCAGCUGUCCUCUUUUGAGAGAUCUGGGCUUCCUCCAAGUGGAGAAGACUGAUUCACCCUCGGGUGGUAGUGAAGACGUUUCCAGUAACUAGCCAAUUCUCCAUCUAAUCAUAAACCAGAUUCUACACCGGGUUAACUGCAAUGUGAACUUAUGACUGAGGAGGAAGAGAAUUGUUGGCAAAAUCCCUCUCUCUCUCUUUCUCCAGCAUUUAGUGGAACAAGCAGCAGCUGCUUUUUAGAUGUUUUUAAUGUCCAUAUGGGAACCUAUUUGUUCUGCUUACAAAUAAAGUCGAAUGUAUUUUU